AUGGCAGACAGAGAAAAGAGCGACCAGAUAGCAAGCAACCACGAAGUUGAGCCGCCCAUUCCGUCUCAAAAUGACAAUGAUAUUGAUCCUCACCCGAAACCGACGGUCCUCCGCCAAGCCCUAGUCGUCGCCGCAGGCUUCAUAACAAUGUUCAUGACCUGCGCAUUAAUUUUCUCCUACGGUGUCUACCAAGCCAUCUACGAGGAAAUGGCUCAAAAACCAAACACAUCCUUCACAGGCACCAGCUCGUCAAUAAUAAGUCUCAUCGGCACCGUCUCAAUAGCCGUAAUGUCCCUCGGCGGACCAUUCAUCAUGACCUGGGCAAAGCUAUACGGCCCACAGACCGUCAUCAUGGCCGGCGGUAUCGUCUUUGCACUGGGCUGUAUCCUCGCAAGCAUCAGCGAGUCAGUGUGGCAAUUCGCCCUGACGCAGGGUGUCCUUGUCGGUUUGGGAACUUGCAUGGCCUACGUACCUACCAUGGCGGUUGUGCCGGGAUGGUUCGAUGAACGCCGUGGACUAGCCAUGGGCGUUGUCAUCGCCGGCUCGGCUUGUGGGGGAAUGAUCUGGCCACCGGUGUUGAGAAACAUUACUACCGUCGUGGGGUUCCAAAAUGCACUACGUAUCUCCGGGUGUUUAGUGGCCGCGUUUGUGCCUUUGGCUGGGUAUGCCCUGCGCUGGGAACCCGGGUUUGGCGCAAAUGUCAGCGCUCAGACGGUGGGGUUAUCCAGACUCACGGGAUGGUUUCAGGCGCCAUUGGUUGAUUGGGAAGUUAUCAGAUCGAGGAAAUUCGUUUCCCAGGCAUUGGGAUGUUUCUUGCAAUCGACGGGGUAUUCAACGCCGUUGUUCUUUUCUGUGGCUUAUGCGCGUGCAUUGGGGUAUAGCGUUUCCAUGGCUGACAACUUCAUCACGAUUAGUAAUGCGGCGAAUUUUGUAUCUCGGAUUGGGGUCGGGUAUGCGGCUGAUCGGUUUGGGCGGUUGAAUGUGCUUUUCUUGACGACGGUGUUGAGUAGUGUUUUCGUGUUUGGGUUUUGGUUGCCGUCGACUUUUGCGGGGGUGUUGUUUCGCAUGCGGCGGCGGAGGUUUUGUUUAUUCUCUUUGCUGUCGGGUAUGGGUGUUUUGGGAGCGCUUAUAUCUCGUUGUUUCCGGCGAGUUUGA